AUGGUCAACGGCCUGGAAGAAGAAGAGGAGGAUGAAGUCACAGGUGAUGAUAAAAUGUCAGUGUCUACAGAGUAUCUACAAGAACCAGGACUGGAACUCGGGCUCAGGGGGAGGGGGUCUCUCUUCCUUCGUCAGCUGUCCGUCUGUGAAGUGAGCUUUGUGAGAAUCGUCUGUGAAAAGAUGGCAGCUCCGGUUAACGUCCAAGCUCCAAGUAAAAGCUGGGAGUUAAGUUUGUAUGAACUGCACCGAAGUCCACAGGAGGCCAUCAUGGAUGGAACAGAAGUGGCAGUUUCUCCACGCGCUCUGCACAGCGAGCUGAUGUGCCCCAUCUGUCUGGACAUGCUGAAGGACACCAUGACCACCAAAGAGUGUCUGCAUCGUUUCUGCUCCGACUGCAUCGUCACCGCUCUGCGAUCAGGCAACAAAGAGUGUCCAACGUGCAGAAAGAAGCUGGUGUCCCGACGCUCGCUUCGCAAAGACUCCAACUUUGAUGCGUUGAUCUCCAAAAUCUACCCGAGCCGUGACGAGUAUGAGGCGCAUCAGAGGCGCGUCAUUGAGAGGCUCAACCGGCUGCACAACCAGGAAGCCCUGAGCUCCAGCAUCGAGGAAGGCCUCAGGCAGCAGGCGCGCUACCGGGCUGAGAGAAACCACCGCGUGAAGAAAGCCCUCCACGAGAGUGACAACACCACGUUUAGUGGCGGAGAGGAGAACGGCGACUCGCGCUCUCACCUGUCCCACGACUCCGCUCCUUCACAUGCCCCGCCCACACUGGCACAUAGCUGGUCAGAGGCGGGGCCCAGCCGGAAGAGAGCGCGGGCGUCUGACGAGGGCUCAGGCGUGGAGGGGGACAGCGGCAGGGCCACCCCUCCACCGCCCCGGCACAAAGAUGGACCGGCCUCUGAGAUCGAGCUGGUGUUCAGGCCACACCCACAGCUGGUGCGAGCCAGUGACUACAGCCAGACCAGAUUUGUCAAGACUACAGCUAAUGCCACUGUGGAUCAUCUGUCCAAGUAUGUGGCCCUGCGCAUGGCUCUGGAGGAGGGUCCAACUGGAGGUGAGCCCGAGGAGGCCCCUGUAGCCCCGGACAAGAGGCCAGCAGCAGCAGCAUCAUCAGAGGGCCACAGUGUGCAACGCAUCAGUGAGAAACAGUACACCAUCUACAUCAUGACCAAAGGACAGUUCUCGACGCUGAACGGCUCGCUGACUCUGGAGUUGGUCAAUGAUAAGUACUGGAAGGUCAGGAAGCCUCUGGAACUUUUCUAUGCUCCCACCAAAGAGCAGCCACAACCAGCAGCGCCCAGGUCUGACGCCCCCUAG